UUACCGUACCACCCACUUCUUCGGUUUUGCAGAGGAGUAUCCCAUCCCCACCCUCAACUCAACCCCUGCCCCAGGCCAGUACAGCCAAAGCCACAGCCACCCUCCCUCACUCUCAAAGCACCCCUUCUCCGAGACAAAAUCGCCCACAUUAUCGUCCCUGAGCUCUGCUGUCCGCCGAGGACUCGGUUCCAAGUCCAAUCAUGUGAAAGCGGACCUCCUGCUGUUGCUACAAUUAGGGUUAGGGUUUUGCUUGAUUGGGAAAACCUGCCGCGUCCUGAUUUGAAUGGGGAACUGUUGUAGAUCUCCGGCGGCCGUUGCCAGAGAAGAUGUCAAGUCAUCCAACUUUUCCGGUCAUGAUCACGGACGGAAAGACAAAUCAUCCGACAACAUUAAGAAAACGGUUACUGUUUUGCCGGACGUCAAGAAGGAGAACAUAGACGAGAAGUAUUUAAUCGAUCGUGAGCUCGGGAGAGGGGAAUUUGGGGUUACUUAUUUGUGCAUUGAGCGGGAAACCAGGGAGCUGUUGGCUUGCAAGUCCAUAUCGAAGCGGAAGCUGCGGACCGCUGUCGAUGUGGAAGAUGUGAGGAGGGAGGUUGCUAUAAUGAAGCAUUUGCCAAAGAAUCCAAGCAUUGUGUGCUUGAAGGAGGCCUGUGAGGACGAGAAUGCUGUGCAUCUAGUGAUGGAGUUAUGCGAGGGUGGGGAGCUGUUUGACAGAAUUGUGGCACGUGGGCAUUACACAGAACGGGCUGCGGCUGCUGUAACAAGGACUAUUAUGGAGGUUGUGCAGCUAUGCCACAAGCACGGGGUGAUCCAUAGAGACUUGAAGCCAGAGAACUUUCUAUUUGCAAAUAAGAAGGAAAAUUCUCCGCUUAAAGCCAUUGAUUUUGGGUUGUCCAUAUUUUUCAAGCCAGGUGAGAGGUUCUCGGAAAUUGUUGGAAGCCCUUAUUAUAUGGCACCAGAGGUGCUCAGGCGAAAUUAUGGACCUGAAAUAGAUAUCUGGAGUGCUGGCGUGAUUCUCUAUAUCUUGCUGUGUGGAGUUCCUCCUUUCUGGGCAGAAUCUGAGCAGGGAGUUGCUCAGGCCAUAAUACGUGGAAAAAUAGACUUUGAGCGUGAACCAUGGCCUAGUAUAUCGGAGAGUGCCAAGAGCCUCGUCAGGCAAAUGCUGGAGCCAGAUGUUAAGCUUCGGCUUACAGCAAAACAAGUUCUUGAACACCCAUGGCUUCAAAAUGCGAAAAAGGCUCCAAAUGUUCCUCUUGGAGAUGUUGUCAAGUCAAGAUUGAAGCAGUUCUCGUUGAUGAACAGAUUCAAGAGGAAGGCUCUUAGGGUGAUUGCUGAUUUCUUAUCUAAUGAAGAAAUUGAAGGCAUCAAGGAUGUGUUUGCUCAGAUAGAUACUGAUAGUGAUGGUAUUGUUUCAACUGAAGAGCUAAAGGCUGGAAUGCAAAAGUUCAAUUCACAGCUGGGAGAAUCUGAACUACAGAUGCUCAUUGAAGCCGUGGAUUCAAAUUGUAAAGGAACAUUGGAUUAUGGAGAGUUUCUUGCAAUCUCACUCCAUCUCCAGAAGAUGGCAAAUGAUGAACAUCUUCACAAGGCUUUCUCAUAUUUCGAUAAAGAUGGAAAUGGUUACAUUGAACCAGAUGAGCUUAGGGAUGGCUUGAUGGAAGAUGGAGCAGAUGACAGUACGGAUGUGGCAAAUGACAUUUUCCAGGAGGUUGAUACAGACAAGGAUGGACGCAUCAGCUACGAUGAAUUUGUGGCGAUGAUGAAAACUGGGACAGACUGGAGAAAGGCUUCCAGACAUUACUCAAGAGGGAGAUUCAAUAGUCUGAGCAUAAAGCUGAUGAAAGAUGGUUCUAUUAAUUUGGGUGAGUGAAUAUGCACAAUCUGAUUCUCUCUCCAUUUGUAUGUGAGCAAUUGCCUGUGUGUAUUAAGCGUACUCUCUUUAUCAUUGUUGUGGCCUGUCCAAGUUAAAUGGGGUUCAAAUUGAUUGUUGCCUUUAUAAGGAUUAUGGACGAGGCAAGUACAUUUUAUUAGCCUUGUCAACAUGUUGAUUUGGUAGAGCACAAAAUCUUGUAGUUCCCACUCAUGUGCUGUUUGAUUCUAUUCUCUUA